ACAACUUCACGCUCGCCAAUUUACCUUUAAAUAAUCAUAAGUCAAAAAUAAAAAAUACUAAAAUCGCAAUCACCGCAUCACCGAGCGGUAAUAUUAAAGUUUUUUUAUUGAAAAAUAAAUAAAUCUGUCUAUUCCUCUCUCUAUCUUUCACUCACGUUGGAUGUUCAAGUGCCGUUAACUCUCCGUCAAAAGAUGACGCCGUUGCUUCCUUACUACUUCCCACUUCCUCUAUAACCACUAACCACUAACCGCAAACCUUAACCACAUUAGACCAGAGCAGACCAAGCUCUGUUUCUUUUCUUUGGUAAGAGAAACAGUGGAGCAAAAUGAAGCCCUUUUGCAGAUUCUUGAUUCUUGUAUCGCUGUUUUCUCUUGCGGAAUCUUCAUGCAACAACAGUGAAGAGCAUGAGUUGGUGUCAAAGGCUUUCAAAUCAGUCUCUGGCUUCAACGCUUCCUCCCGGUUCCAAACCAACUGCUCACAAACUCACAUCACCCGAAUAGUACUUCCAUCCCAAAACCUCAGCGGCACCAUUUCAUGGAACUAUCUGAGGAACAUGUCGCGUUUGCAGGUUCUCGAUCUGUCCCAGAAUUCCCUGGAGGGCCACGUGCCUAGCUGGUUUUGGUCAAGCUCGAACUUGUCGGAAAUAAACCUCUCCAGAAACAGGUUCGGAGGCAGCAUCGAUAUCAACACCUCGUUUUCAUCCAUUGAAACGCUGAACCUCUCCCACAACAGGUUCACCAAUUCAAUCCAACUUUCUGGCCUCCGAAACCUUAAAAUCCUCGACUUAUCAAACAACACCUUCACCGGUAACUUCCCUUCCGAUUUCCCUCCACUCAACACUCUCGAAUACCUCAACAUCUCAUUCAACAACUUCACCGCCUCCACUAGCCUAAACGAGUUGGAUAGAUUCAAGUUCAACGAGUCAUCUUUCAUCCACGCUGGCAACAACUUCACCUUCGACAACAGCACAAAUCCAAUUCACAAGAAACAAGAGAGGCCAAAAUCCAAAACGGUGAUUGUUGCAGCGUCGUGUGCAUCGGCAGCGCUAGUACUGAUUCUGUUGUCCACUUGGGUACUCUGCAUUGUGAUGGAGAAGAGGAAGGAAGGCGCGAAGAGGAGAAAGUGGGCGAUUUCGAUGCCGGUCCCACAAGGGAUGAACAGCGUGGUGGAGAAAUCAGGGCCGUUCGCGUUCGAGACGGAAUCGGGGUCAACGUGGGUGGCUGACCUGAAGGAACCGUCUUCGGCGGCGGUGGUGAUGUUCGAGAAGCCGUUGAUGAAUCUGAGCUUCAAGGACCUCAUUGUUGCCACGUCACACUUCGGGAAGGAUUCCCUCCUGGCGGAGGGAAGGUGUGGGCCCGUUUACCGGGCCGUGCUGCCCGGGGACCUCCACGUGGCAAUCAAGGUGCUGGAACACGCCAGAGACGUUGAUCCUCAUGACUCCGUCUCCACCUUCGUUGACCUCUCCAGGCUCAAGCACCCCAACUUGUUGCCCCUCUCCGGUUACUGCAUUGCAGGUAAGGAGAAACUGGUACUGUACGAGUACAUGGCAAACGGGGACUUGGGAAGGUGGCUACACGAGCUUCCAACUGGGGACACCAACGUGGAGGAUUGGACAAGCGACACGUGGGAGAUUCAAAACGGCGUGGUCGACGACGGAUCCCCAGAAAAGAUGGGGUGGUUAACACGGCACCGUAUCGCGGUGGGAAUAGCGCGUGGCCUCGCGUACCUUCACCACGCGCGUUCCAAGCCCGUGGUGCACGGCCACCUCGUUACCUCCAACAUUCUACUUGCCGACGACUUUGAGCCACGGAUUGCCGAUUUCGGGUUGCGAGCCGACCCGAGUCCGAACGGCGGCACGGAGGAUGACGUCUACUGCUUCGGGGCGGCGCUGAUGGAGCUGCUGACCGGGAAGGAGAGCAGGGCGGAGGCGGUGGCGGCGACGAGGAAGGCGGUGAGGGAGGGGCGCGGUGAGAGGGUGCUGGACGAGAGGCUGCGAGUGGGUGGCGGUGAGUCGGUGGUGAGUGAGAUGGUGGAGAGUCUCCGAGUGGCGUUCUUGUGUACGGCGGAGUCACCUUGGAAGAGGCCCAGCAUGCAACAGGUGUUGGGUUUGCUCAAAGACAUUCGUCCUCGUCAAGGACAACUCGUUCCGAGUUGACUCGUCAAACCCUUCAUUUUCUUGUUCUUGUCAUUAUGCUGUAUAGUGUAAUUUUUGGGGGAAAAGAAAAAGUGGAAAGGGACAAAAAGAUGGGCAUGAUGAAUGGGAAUUGGGAAGGGUAGAGUUGUUUACUCUUUUUUGGGGAGAGAAUCCCACUCAGGACUCAGGAGUUUCCAUAAUUUAUUCUUUUUCUUCUU